AUGCGAUUUCCGGUCCAGACCUGCUUCGGGUGCAAGGGCAAGUUCCACAAGGACGAGUUCCCAGCGCACUUCGUCGGCUGCCCAGCGGUGAGCCAGUGCGACUGGUGUAAGGAGUACUUCAAGGCUGGACAGCAGGACGCGCACUUGGACGGCUGCAAGGUCUACGCCGCGACGGGGGCGAGCCCUGCGAAGAGCCGCGUCCGCCGGAAGUCCACACCUGGAGCUCCUUCUUGCGCGCAGCCGAAGCGGCAGAAGACGCAGCCGCAGGAGGCGAAGCCGCAGCAGCCGCCGUCGCCGAAGGAGGUCGCGCGCCGCCAUGCCAGGAGCUGCCCGCCGAGAAGUGCACCGGCACCGUCCACGGGUUGA